AUGAGCCAGCUGCGAGCCACAAAGCCAGGACUCCUUGUGUGCACAGGCAUUUGCAUCCUUGCAUUUCUGUAUUUAAGGAAUCCCACUCCUGAGGAGCCCGAGGAGGAGCCCACACACCCAGCGGUGGUGGAGUGUGGCUUUUAUCCCGAUGAACUGUGCUCAGCUUUAUUUGAAGGGAAAGAGGUGGCCCCCCAAAUCGCAAAAUUCUGUAACACCCCUCAUGGGUCUGAAAUGCUGGCUCACUUGCGCACUUCAGGAAAUUGCUCUCGGAUGUCCCACGGCUUGCGUUUCCUAACCAGACCCCUGUCUGCAGAAGAGCGCAACGUUUCUUUGGCGUAUAUCAUAACCCUUCCAAAGGAGCUGGCCAUGUUGGUGCAGCUUCUCAGGGCAAUAUAUGUGCCUCAAAAUGUUUACUGUAUGCAUGUGGAUGAGAAGGCCCCGAGGACGCUUAAGACUGCUGUGCAAACCCUGGCUAGCUGUUUUGAGAACAUCUUUAUUUCCUCAAAGAGACAGAAAGUGGCUUCCGCUGGCCUUACAAGACUGCAGGCAGAUAUUAACUGUAUGAAAGAUCUAGUCCAUCCCAGAUUUCAAUGGAGCUAUGUCAUUAACCUUUGUGGAGAGGAUUUUCCAAUCAAAACCAAUAAAGAAAUCAUACACUACAUCAGAAGCAAAUGGAACAAUAAAAACAUCACUCCUGGAGUAAUCCAACCAUCAAAUACUAAAUUCAAGGCAACUCAAGGGGACCCUGAGUCCAGCCCUACAGGAAAUACCUAUGCCUCACCAAAUGAAGGAUUCAAACACAAGCCACCUCAUAACUUGACAGUUUACUUUGGAAGUGCUUACUAUGUACUUACGAGAAAGUUUGUGAACUUCAUACUGACUGACACUCGAGCAAAAGACAUGCUCUGGUGGUCCAGGGACAUCCGCAGCCCCGAGAGGCACUACUGGGUGACCCUGAACCGACUACAAGAUGCUCCAGGGGCCACACCAGACGCUGGCUGGGAAGGAGCCUUGCGGGCCAUUAAAUGGAGAUCAGAGGAAGGAAGAGCUCACGAUGGAUGCAAAGGGCACUACGUCCACGAUGCCUGUGUGUACGGACUGGGAGACCUGCCGUGGAUCAUUCAGUCGCCUUCUCUGUUCGCCACCAAGAUCGAGCACUUGGCAGACCCCCUCGUGGUCACAUGCUUGGAAAGGCGCCUCAGACGCAAGGCCCUCCAGCAAGCAGAGGUCGCUGCAGAGCCGCAGUGGCAACUUCCGCAGCAAAGUCACUUCAGGAGCAUGUCUCACACAGCCUUCUAUGGGAGACCACACCAACUGAAGUGCGAGGUGGACAGGGCCUGCAUGAAGUCUCCUUACAGCACACCACCCUCGUCGGUGGCUGUGACAGGGGCUGCCCAGCACAGCUACUCAGUAAGGCUCACCCACAGCCGGAGAAACGCGCUGGGGCCUACUGACACUCAGGCUGUCAACACUGGCGGCCUUCAGAUGGGCGGGCACCUGCGGCUCUGA